GGUCCCUUUUCUCACUUUCAUAUUUCUGCUCUCCUGGCUGCUACCGUGAUGGCUCCCAACGCACCCUGCCUCUGUGUGAAUGUUCAUUCUGAGCAAUGGGAAUCGAUGACCUUCACUGCCAACCAGACUGACAAAGUAAAGAAGAUCAACGAACAUAUCCGAUCCAAGACCAAGGUUCACGUCCAGGACCAGGUCCUCCUGCUGGGGUCUAAAACCCUAAAGCCUGAGAGAAGCCUUUCCUCUUACGGCAUUGACAAAGAGCAGACCAUUCAUCUCACCCUGAAGGUGGUGAAGCCCACUGAUGAGGAGCUGCCCCUGGUCCUGAAAGACCUAGAUGAUGAUGGGCGGAAGCAUCGCCUGCUGGUGAGGAGGUCCUACUCUGUGGCCCAGGUGAAAAAGAUGAUCGAGAUGAAGACUGGUACAACCCCAGAGGACCAGACCGUGAACUGCAAUGGAAAGAUCCUGGCAGACGGGAAGAAGAUGGCAGAUUAUGACAUCAGAAAGGACAAUUUCCUUUUCCUGACUCUUCGCUGCCAUUCCGGGUGACUGCUCUAGGGAUGGGGUGGUACCAAGCGCAAAAGAGCGUAUCUCUUUAUGCACGAAUCACAUCCUUUGACGAUUGUGAAAAACUAGUGGGAAGGGAAUAAAUAGAAAAGUAAGAUUUGGGAUAAGAUGGGGAGGGAAUAUUUUUCCAAACUUGGCCUCUUUGAGUUUAACUCGGUUGAUUGUCUGGAUUGUGUAUCAUGUGUUCCUGAGAAUGGAAAAUGAACUGCUAAGGGAUAUGGUAGGCAGCACUUAAAGCCAAUUCUGAUCUGUAGAAAAUGUCCUCUAUUUCCUUGCCUAUCCAUUGAGAUAGUAAGGCUUAGGUUGGCAUGCAAGUGUCACUAUUUUCUAUGUUUCCUGUCUCAUCUAUAAUAUUACCCAAUAGCUGGAGCCAAACUGAAUUUCCAGCUAUAGAAAAGAAGAGUGAAAUUACUUAUUUUCAGUGAAUUAAUUAUUGUGACAUGAUCAUAUUCUAACCAAUAAAUAAUUUUUUUAAAGUUAA